GCUGAAACAGCCAAUGAACGAGCGCGUUGUUUGUUUGCGACGUUUCCCCAAGAAUGUGAAGGUGGGGCGUUUUGCGAUAUUCAGGAAAUUGUCAUUUUUCUAUUUAUCUCCGAGUAGAGAUGUACACAUGUAUUUCGUUUUUUUUCUUAGCGUGCUUACACUUCUAAGAACUCUUUGAAUGGUUCCCCAUUUAACAUAAUGAUGACGAGAAAACCCAACCAACCUCAACCCCCAAAGAGAAGAGGAAAGGUCCGUGCUAGUGCCAGUGGGCAAAUUGACUCACUGGACAACAAUACCAUGACUGACUCAGAGACAGUUCCUCCAUCACAAAAGAGGCACCUGACCAUGAUGCAGCAUGGCGACAACCUCCUCAAGUUUCUAAACGAGGACCGAACGAAGCAGAGGUUCUGCGACGUCUCCGUCAGUGUGGGCGGGAAGCGCUACAGGGCCCACAAAGCCAUGUUAGCACACGGUAGCAGCUACUUCCACGCCGAGCUGACCAAAAACCCAACCGCCGAUCACGUGAUUCUCGACCACGUGGAGGAUUCUGUGUUCCAACACUUACUGCACCUCCUUUACACGGCCGAGUGCGUCAUUCCUGAGAGCGAGGUCCCUGCCCUGACUGAAGCGGCCGGCUUCCUGGACAUGUUGGAUGUAGUGAAGCUCCUGGCAGGAGAGGGGGAUGGCCGGCCAGCGCUUGCCCGAGUGGAGGUUAAGUCCGUGGGGGAACCAAGCUCAGAGAAGACCUCUAUAGCUUCUGACCUUCCAUCGGACUGUGUCGGGGUCCAAAGCCCAGUCCAUUCUGGUGCCCACCAUUGUUCGUUCUGCAGCCGCACGUUUUGCUACAAGAAGUCUCUGGAGAACCAUUUAAACAGGAACCACAGUAGCAACACCGAAGUAGACGCCAGAGAAAAGGUGGGCAAUCAAGAGGUUACUACCAUGGUAACCACGACCCGGAGGUCUGCCCGCAGGAGGAGAGUUCCCGCUAAAUUGGAGAGAGGGGACGCGGACAGCUCCGGCGCAACAGAGGGGACGCUACUUCAAGACCCUGCUAGUCGAGACCCAACCACCACAGAGGAAGACGACGAGGAAGAAGAAGAAGAUGGGAGAAAACCAAAGCACAUAUCCGACACAGGAGAUGCACUCACCCCAACCGAGGGUGAGGAGGCAGAAGAGGAGAGGGAGGAGGAGGAGAUGGUGGAGGAACGUCAAAGUGCGUUAGUACGGAGAGCAAGAGAGAGCGGUGAGAGUUCAGAGGUGGAGACAACAGAACACCACACAGUCAAUGAGGUGGAGGUAUAUAGUCAGGCUGCCAAUGGUUCUAACUAUGGAGCAGUGUACCCAGAGGGACUGGCUCCUGUCAUCAUCCAGAGCGUAAGCAAGAAGACGCUCAAGUGCCCCAAGUGUGACAAGACCUUUGACCGCACAGGGAAGUAUGAGAGUCACACCAGGGUACACACGGGAGAGAAGCCCUUCCAGUGUGACGUGUGUCUGCAGUGUUACUCCACCAAGUCGAACCUCACUGUACACAAGAAGAAGCACGCCAGUGACGCCCCCUUCCAGAAGAAGGACCACAAGUGCUCCUUCUGCAACAAGCUCCACGCCAGCAAAAAGACCCUCGCCAAACACGUCAGAAGGUUCCACCCGGAUCACAUUCAGGAGUUCCUGGCCAUGAGGAGGAAGAAGAACGAUGGAUGGAAGUGUGAUAUCUGCCACAAGUCUUUCACACGUAGACCCCAUCUGGAGGAGCACAUGAUUCUACACACGCAAGACCGACCCUUCAAAUGUGCCUUCUGCGACGACUACUUCAAGUCCAGGUUUGCCCGCUUGAAGCAUCAAGAAAAGUACCAUUUAGGUCCGUUCCCAUGUGACAUCUGUGGCCGCCAGUUCAACGACACGGGUAACAGGAAGAGGCACAUUGAAUGUACACAUGGGGGCAAGAGAAAAUGGACCUGCUUAAUCUGUGGGAAGUCAGUGAGGGAGAGGACAACGUUGAGAGAACAUUUGCGGAUUCACAGCGGAGAGAAACCUCACCUCUGCAGUAUCUGUGGACAGAGUUUCCGCCACGGCAGCUCUUAUAGGCUUCAUCUUCGAGUCCACCACGACGACAAGCGCUACGAGUGUGACGAAUGCGGAAAGACGUUCAUACGCCACGACCAUCUGACCAAACACCAGAAGAUACACUCGGGGGAGAAAGCCCACCAGUGUGAGGAGUGUGGGAAGUGUUUCAGGCGUCAUGAUCACCUGACCGUCCAUUACAAAAGUGUCCACCUGGGAGAGAAGGUGUGGCAGAAGUAUAAAACAGCUGUGCAUCAGUGUGAGGUCUGUAAGAAGGAGUUCAAAGGGAAGUCCAGUCUGGAGAUGCACUUCAGAACACACUCAGGUGAAAAACCUUACCGAUGCCCCGUGUGCCAACAGACGUUCCGCAUUAAGAAGACCCUCACCAAGCACAUGGUGAUCCACUCGGAUGCCCGCCCCUUUAACUGCCCGCACUGCAGUGCCACCUUUAAGAGGAAAGACAAGCUGAAGUAUCAUAUGGACCAUGUACACGGUGCUAAGUCCACUGAGCAGCAGCAGCACCACCAGCAGCAGCACCGCCAGCAGCCUCCGGUGGUGCUGACAGAGGAUAAGAUGGUGACUCUGCCUUAUAAUACCCACGGCCCCUCCAAAGUGUACCGGGCUGAACCCAAGACAGUUCUCCAGAAUGUCCCCUCCGAUGUGUGUGUGCCUGUCACGCUGGUGCCCGUCCAGAUGCCCAGGGUGGUCUCGGGGGUACAGGGUGACCUGAGGGGACACGUAACCUGCCCACCCCAAGGUCAGGGGCAGCAGCAGACAGCUGGGGGGUACCAGACUGCCACAGAGCUGGCGUUCCUGGAGAAGUACACGCUUACCCCCCAGCCGGCCAACAUUGUUCACCCGGUGCAGCCUGACCAGAUGUUGGACCCCAGGGAUCAGUCGUACCUGGGCACCCUGCUGGGCCUGGACUCUGCCACCCCCGUCCAGAACAUCUCCAACUCGGACCACGUCGCCCAUUGAUAAUGCCUCUCUAUACUUCUCUUUUGGCAACAUUUUAUUUAAAGGGUACCGACAUAAGGACAUUAUAACACAUUUAUAACCCAUACAGUACACAUUUAUAACCCAUACAGUACACAUGUAUAACCCAUACGAAACUGUAUGAGCCCAUAGAGGUAACGUUUAUUUGAAGGGUGCGGUUGUUAACAUAAGCAUUCACAAAAUGCUCUUGCCCUGCUUAUGCAUGGCUUAUGUAUAGUUUAUGAAUGGGUUAUGAAUGUGUUAUGAAUGGGUUAUGAAUCUGUUAUGAAUGGGUUAUGAAUCUGUUAUGAAUGGGUUAUGAAUAUGUUAUGAAUGGGUUAUGUAUGGGUUAUGAAUCUGUUAUGAAUGGGUUAUGAAUCUGUUAUGAAUCUGUUAUGAAUCUGUUAUGAAUCUGUUAUGAAUGGGUUAUGAAUCUGUUAUGAAUCUGUUAUGAAUCUGUUAUGAAUGGGUUAUGAAUCUGUUAUGAAUGUGUUAUGAAUCUGUUAUGAAUGGGUUAUGAAUCUGUUAUGUAUGGGUUAUGAAUCUGUUAUGAAUGGGUUAUGAAUCUGUUAUGUAUGGGUUAUGAAUCUGUUAUGAAUCUGUUAUGAAUGGGUUAUGAAUCUUAUGAAUGUGUUAUGAAUCUGUUGUGAAUGGGUUAUGUAUGGGAUAUGAAUGGGUUAUGUAUGGGAUAUGAAUGGGUUAUGUAUGGGUUAUGAAUCUGUUAUGAAUGGGUUAUGAAUCUGUUAUGAAUGGGUUAUGUAUGGGAUAUGAAUGGGUUAUGUAUGGGUUAUGAAUCUGUUAUGAAUGGGUUAUGAAUCUGUUAUGAAUGGGUUAUGUAUGGGAUAUGAAUGGGUUAUGUAUGGGUUAUGAAUCUGUUAUGAAUGGGUUAUGAAUGGGUUAUGUAUGGGAUAUGAAUGGGUUAUGUAUGGGUUAUGAAUGGGUUAUGAAUCUGUUAUGAAUGGGUUAUGUAUGGGAUAUGAAUGGGUUAUGUAUGGGUUAUGAAUCUGUUAUGAAUGGGUUAUGAAUCUGUUAUGAAUGGGUUAUGUAUGGGAUAUGAAUGGGUUAUGUAUGGGUUAUGAAUCUGUUAUGAAUGGGUUAUGAAUCUGUUAUGAAUGGGUUAUGUAUGGGUUAUGAAUCUUAUGUAUGGGUUAUGAAUCUGUUAUGAAUGGGUUAUGAAUGGGUUAUGUAUGGGUUAUGAAUCUUAUGUAUGGGUUAUGAAUCUGUUAUGAAUGGUUUAUGAAUCUGUUAUGAAUGGGUUAUGUAUGGGAUAUGAAUGGGUUAUGUAUGGGUUAUGAAUCUGUUAUGAAUGGGUUAUGAAUCUGUUAUGAAUGGGUUAUGUAUGGGAUAUGAAUGGGUUAUGUAUGGGUUAUGAAUCUGUUAUGAAUGGGUUAUGAAUCUGUUAUGAAUGGGUUAUGUAUGGGUUAUGAAUCUUAUGUAUGGGUUAUGAAUCUGUUAUGAAUGGUUUAUGAAUGGGUUAUGAAUCUGUUAUGAAUGGGUUAUGAAUGGGUUAUGUAUGGGUUAUGUAUGGGUUAUGAAUCUGUUAUGAAUGGGUUAUGUAUGGGUUAUGAAUCUGUCAUGAAUGGGUUAUGUAUGGGUUAUGAAUCUGUUAUGAAUGGGUUAUGAAUCUGUUAUGUAUGGGUUAUGAAUCUGUUAUGUAUGGGUUAUGAAUCUGUUAUGAAUGGGUUAUGUAUGGGUUAUGAAUCUGUUAUGAAUGGGUUAUGUAUGGGUUAUGAAUCUGUUAUGAAUGGGUUAUGUAUGGGUUAUGAAUCUGUUAUGUAUGGGUUAUGAAUCUGUUAUGAAUGGGUUAUGUAUGGGUUAUGAAUCUGUUAUGAAUGGGUUAUGAAUCUGUUAUGUAUGGGUUAUGAAGUUUUUAUGUAGCUAUACUUAAAAUAAAAUGCGAUCGUCCUGCUCUUUUAACCUCUGCAGCUUAUUCAGGGGCGAACGCUCUGAUAGAAACAGAUGGUGUCGAACAGGUCUAGUUGUCAGCCGUGUGGAACAGGGAAUCUCAUCAGCUAAAUUUUAUAUAUAUUUAUAUCUCGAUCAUCCAAACGUUGCACCACCUUGAUUGAGCCCCAAGUCUUUCAUCAUAUUUUAGUUCAAAGAACACUUUUUAAAAGUUUCUCUUGUCACACAAAAGCCUAAGAUCUCUGUCAUUCCAUAAAUGAGUGUGAGUGAGUGAUGUAUAUUGUGACAGGAGCCUGAUUGAUUACAAAAGGUAAUUCCAGAACAGGAUGUCUAAUUUCCAAAAAGCUGGCUGUAUGUCUGAAUCUUACAGGUGUAAUCUGGCUAUUUAUUCACAAUUUAAAUUGAAUUAUUAUACAAGUAUUAUACAACACAUUUUCCCCAUGCAAAUCAAGUUCCAUAAUAUUCCACGUUCCUUACCAGUUACCACAGAAUUUUAGAGUAACGAUCAAUCAUGGUGUUGUCAGCUUCCCCUCCCCCAAUAGUAACCAUAACCAAUUACACCAUCAGUGGGGGAAAUGCAAUGCGUCUAGGGGUGACGUCCCGACACCCAGCAGGCUCCUCAAAACUAGAAAGGGCUGUUUAAUCAGUGUAUCAUGAGGUCAACCACGUCUGAAUCAAUCUUAAAGUAUUCUGUAUAUUAUGUAUAUCAUGUUUCGUUCACAAUGGACAGGAGGGAACAGCCUAGGUAGUAUGUAUAAAACACCCUGAUCUAGGAUCAGGCCAUCCUUCCGUCCAUGUAAUCUUAUUCAAUAUGAUCUAAAAGGCAAAACUGAUUCUAAAUCAGCACUUCUACUCUGAGACGCUUGAUACUUAUGAUAGGUUUCUGUCCUUAUGGGGAUGUACUGUCCUUAUGUACUGUCCUUAUGGGGAUGUAUAUGUUGCCUUAUGUUGCCUGAUCACCAUGUUCAUUAAUGUGCAUUAUAAACCGGGUGGUUCGAGCCCUGAAUGCUGAUUGGCUGAAAGCCAUGGUAUAUCAUGGCUAUGACAAAACAUUUAUUUUUACUGGUCUAAUUAUGUUGGUUACCAGUUUAUAAUAGCAAUAAGGCACCUCAGGGAUAUGUGGUAUAUGGCCAGUAUCCAGGCACUCUGCGUUGCAUUGUGCAUAAGAACAGCUCUUAGCCGUGGUAUAUUGGCCAUAUACCACACCCCCUCAAGCCUUAUUGCUUAAAUAAACUUGACUUCUCUCUGUCUAUCCAAUACAACCUCUUAAUAAACUUGACUUUCCUCUGUCUAUCCAAUACAACCUCUAAAUAAACUUGACUUCUCUCUCUGUCCAAUACAACCUCUAAAUCAACUCUACUUCUCUCUCUGUCCAAUACAACCUCUAAAUAAACUUGACUUCUUUCUGUCUGUCCAAUACAACCUCUAAAUAAACUUGACUUCUCUGUCCAAUACAACCUCUAAAUAAACUCGACUUCUCUGUCCAAUACAACCUCUAAAUAAACUCGACUUCUCUGUCCAAUACAACCUCUAAAUAAACUCGACUUCUCUGUCCAAUACAACCUCUAAAUAAACUUGACUUCUUUCUGUCUGUCCAAUACAACCUCUAAAUAAACUCGACUUCUCUGUCCAAUACAACCUCUAAAUAAACUUGACUUCUUUCUGUCUGUCCAAUACAACCUCUAAAUAAACUCGACUUCUCUGUCCAAUACAACCUCUAAAUAAACUCGACUUCUCUGUCCAAUACAACCUCUAAAUAAACUUGACUUCUUUCUGUCUGUCCAAUACAACCUCUAAAUAAACUUGACUUCUCUGUCCAAUACAACCUCUAAAUAAACUUGACUUCUUUCUGUCUGUCCAAUACAACCUCUAAAUAAACUCGACUUCUCUGUCCAAUACAACCUCUAAAUAAACUCGACUUCUCUGUCCAAUACAACCUCUAAAUAAACUUGACUUCUUUCUGUCUGUCCAAUACAACCUCUAAAUAAACUCGACUUCUCUGUCCAAUACAACCUCUAAAUAAACUCGACUUCUCUGUCCAAUUCAACCUCUAAAUAAAGAAAACCAUAUGUAAGAUA